AGCCGGCCGGCGUCGCAUGUUUAGUUUAAUCUCUCUCCGGCGCCGGCCGAUUACUUGCUAUAAUGAUGCAUUAGCCUCCGUUUGAUCAGGUCUCAGAGAACUAAUUUGCGGCCAAACUGUACUAAUGAUUGGCAGCUCAGUUGGCCCCGAUGAUGGUAUGAUUUAGCGCGUACGCUAGCUAAUGCUUAGCUGAGGGGAAACCGUGUGGUAGUACGCGGCGAUGGCGACGGUGGCCGUCGGUGCCCGCCUCCCCAAAGCCGAAGAAUCAAAUGAAGCUGGCGGUGGCCGGGUGUGUGUGUGUGAGCUGUUGUGCAGGGACGCACGUUGGGUUGGGUGGGAGAUCGAAUCGAAUCGAUUCUCUUCUUCGUCGUCGGGUGAGCGAGCGCUGUCGCCGAUCGCAACGGGCGGGCACGUAUGUGCCCAACUCCCGGGAAAAAGUUGUCCUAAAAAAAACUCCCGGGAAAAAGUCGUUGAUGUUUGGUGGGACAGUUUUUUUCCUUUGUUUCUUAGGCAGGUCGAAGUCAUUUUUUCAAUUUGAAAGCGAGGCCAAAAGAAAGGGCUUAGCCAGUCCCUGUUUUUUUUUUCUUUUGAACACAGGGCACGUCCCUGUUGAGCCAGAGAGGUGGCAUAUAUUCCUCUGUGUUCCAGCACAUACUUAUACGUGGUAGUGCAUCAUGCAUGCGUGAUCGCGCACGCUACAUUCCGUGUAGUAGCUACAGUAGUAAGCACUACAUCGAGUAUCUGUACUGGUACUUCACUGUCCGUAUCCGCACACGUUGCCGUCUGCAUAAACGGACGGACAAAGACAAGGAAGCUGUUGAGCCUAAGCUUUCCGAGCUGAGCUGAGCUGAGCCUCACGUAACCUUCUCCCGUGUCUUGGCCGGACUGUUCAAAGAUGGAGAAGUGGCAAGUGCCAUUCUGGACGGAGUCUCAAGGAUUCCAGCCAGCCGGCCGGUCUGACUGAGCCUGUUCGGUGCGAGCAGAAAUUUGUCGGCGUGUGGUUGGACGAGGAGCAACCGCCGACGACCAGGGAAAAUAAAGAUGCCAGCUUUGCUCCCCACCUCACCUCCAGCUUCAUCUCCUGGACACGACAGUGACCUGUGAGAUCCCGUGGAACGCGUGGAGCAAGAAUUAAUGGCGGCCGCUUCACCGCGACCGAGGGUGGAUCUCAUCUCAUCUCGCAUGUGGCCGUUUCGAGGAGAGCCAACACGUCCUAGUCCUCCCUCCUAGUGCCUGCCCAAUUAGGAGAGGUCCACUCCCACCACAUCCACCGCGCCAGCCCGGCAAUGGAGCUGCUCUGCAAGGCGCCCGUGCUGAGCUGCGGCGCCAGGAGGGGCCGGGGGAGCGGAACGGGGUCGCCCAUGGGCCCGCUGGCGGGCGCGCUGGGCCGGUGGAUCUACGGGGCAGUGAAGCCGCCCCCGCCGCCGCGGAUCUGCGGGGCGCCCGGCGGGCCGCCCGUCACGGCGCCCAGGGUCCGGCUCAGCGACGGCCGCCACCUCGCCUACGCCGAGUCCGGGGCGCGCAAGGAGGACGCGCGCUACAUGGUCGUCUUCUCCCACGGCUUCACCGGCUCCCGCCACGACACCAUCCGCCCCUCGCCGGAAGUGGCCGAAGAGCUAGGCGUGUACAUGGUGGGUUUCGACCGUGCCGGAUAUGGCGAGAGCGACCCUAACCCUAACCGAUCUGUGAAAAGCGCUGCGCUCGAUGUCGAGGAGCUCGCUGACGCGCUUGGAUUGGGCCCUAAAUUCUACGUGAUCGGCAUAUCCCUUGGCUGCCAUGCUGUCUGGGGCGCCCUCAAGUACAUCCCUGAAAGGAUUGCUGGAGCUGCAAUGAUGGCUCCGGUGGUGAACUACUGGUGGCCGGGCUUCCCUGCGGAUCUCGCCGCGGAGGUGUACAACAAGCAGGAGGUCGGCGACCAGUGGGCGCUGCGCGUGUCACAUUACGCCCCUGGCAUCCUCCACUGGUGGAUGGACCAGAGCUGGCUGCCCACCUCCACCGUCGUGGCCGGCACCACGCCGCUCCCCAACAAGCGCGACGCCGAGAUCCGCGCCAAGCUCAAGGCCGACGGCACGUUCCAGCAGAAGAUGGAACUGGCGACACAGCAGGGCAUCCACGAGUCGUACUACCGCGACAUGAUGGUGAUGUUCGGCAAGUGGGAGUUCGACCCGAUGAGCCUGCCGAAGCCGCCUUGCCCCGUCCACAUCUGGCAGGGCGACGAGGACGGUCUGGUGCCCGUGGUGCUGCAGAGGCACAUCGCCAGCCGGCUCAGCUGGGUGAACUACCAUGAGCUCCCCGCGACCGGGCAUUUCCUGUCGCCGGUCCCUGGGCUAGGUGACACCGUUCUUCAGACCCUUUUCGGCAAUGCUAAGCAAUGAUCAGGAACAGCAAUAGUAGCUCUGAACAUACUACGUUGCUGAAGUAUAGGGUUCUUCCGAUGCAUUGUUUUAUUCUAAGGUGGUCAGGUAAUCGCUGCUGAUUAGCGACGAUGUUAUAGGUGAAAUGGUGGUGUAACAUCAAGUGUUUUUUGUGGCGGAAAUUGCGCGGCCAGGAUGUGCGCGCAAAAUAUGUAAUUGAACCUUGGGAACGAGAAAGUAGUGGAACUACUAUACCAUGA